CUUAACCUAGCGUUCUUGAAUAAGUCUACCUUCCUGGAGAGACCCUGUCUCUUAUGAAUGGGAAUAGCAAUAAUUCACACACAGAAAAGCAUCCCUCUAUUCUUCCCUUUGCUUUAGAAGAAAAUGUCUAAGGUGGCUAAGAAUAUGAACUUACAAUAAGGAAAGCAUUAUCACGAGUCCAUUUAAUUUCACUGCACACAGGUGGUGUAGUGGCAAUAAAGGUUUAUUAUUAUUAUUAUUAUACAUGUUUUCAUUUAUUUAUUAAAAAGCAAUAGACUCACAGGAGGGAGGGCGCAAUGAGCACAGCUGACGAAAACAAAAACCACUGGAUUUGCUAACCGUGCAGUCAAGAGUUAGCACCUCGGAAAUGCGCUUUAGAUCCCCUUUAAAGCUGCACUCCUAAACACACACAGUUACUAGAGAGCAGGCACGGGGGGGGGGGAGCGGGCCUUUCUCAGGAGUAAAUGUGCAGGGGGUCGCGAUCCGCUUCUCCUGGUAAGGCUGAGCUAGACAGAUGCAACACACACCCCGGUCCCUGUCCUUGUAGCUUUGCCACCUAUUCUCCGACCUUAGUUUCUGUGUCUGCACGAAAAUAAAAACCCAAGCAACCGUGAAUAAUAAUAAUAAUAUAAUAAUUUAUACCCCCGCCCAUCUGGCUGAGUUUCCCCAGCCACUCUGGGCGGCUCCCAAUCAAAUGUCAAAAACAAAACAGUACAGCAUUAAAUAUUAAAAACUUCCCCAAACAAGUCCUUUCCUCUGCUUGGGAGGCAUGUAUCUGGCCGCUUUCCCCCUGCCGCUUUUAAAGAGGCUUUUCUCCCGCACCCCAAGGCCGGCGCGGAAAGGAAGAGCGCAAACGCCGCCGGCGCUUCAGGGCGUGACAAGGCCGCGUCUCGGCCUCCGAAGCGCCUCCCGGAGCGGGACAAAGAUGGCGGCCGGCGUUCGCGCGCCCAUAAUGCUCCGCGGGAGGCCCAGGCGACCGGGCGGUUCUUCCGGACUCGGGGCGGCGGCGGCGGCGGCCUCAGCUGGGCAUCGCUGAGAGAAGAAAGAGGGCGAGAGGACCGAAACUUAUGUGAGAGAAAGAGGGAACGGAAGGGCUUGUCCGUCGGUUCCCUUCUGCUAGAGGAGGAGGAGGAGAGCCAUGAGGCGCCGGGCGCCGCCGACCUCCUUCCCGCUCCCCGCCCUGCUCCUUCUCCUGUUGGUCUUCGGGGCUCCCGAGCUGGGGGCGCUGAGGCACCCGGCCGCCCCUUCCCCUCGGCCCGCCCCACAGCACCGGGGCAGGCACCGGCCGCCGCGAUACGGUGAGUUAUUUGAGAGAGAAAGAGAGGCGGACUUCCAUAGACCCUUCUUUCCCCCAGGCACUUUUGGGGUGCGGGUGGGAAACUGGGGGGGGGGGGCGUCGCCAGCCAGACCUGCUCCCCUCCCCCUUAUCUCUCUUCAGUUAAUAGAAAAUUUAAAAUGAAGGAUAUGGGAUAUGCUGUGUUUGGCGGGGUUUGUGCUGGGAGAGUCUCAGGCUGCCCUCCGUGGCUGCUCCCAAAGCAGCGCGCUGGAAGGAAAGCCCAGCAUCCGAGGUGUCUUUGGGGUGGAAAGGUCGCAUACUUCUGAACAUGCUUACUCGGAAGUAAGCCCCACUUCGUUCAGUGAGGACUUGCUCCCAGUUUUGGCGUGCCUAAGGUUUGCAGCCUGAGUCUUUUUUUCACCCCACUCCCCCCACUGCGUGUAGUGACUGGGUUUUGGAAACUCUGCAAACUGAGAAGCUGCUCAGUUAUUUCGGUUUGGUGGGGAGGGGAAAAACCCCAGCCAAUCUUAAACCUGAUUGCGCUAGAGCAGGGUUUCCUAAACGUGGGUCCCCAGCUGUUUUGGGGACUGCCAUCAUCCCUAGCUAGCAGGACCCAGCAGUCAGGGGAUGAUGGGAAUUGCAGUUCGGAAACAGCUGGGGACCCAAGUUUGGGAAAUCCUGCUCUAAGAGAGCAGGGCUGAGGAAACAAGUUGCUGUCUGGAUGCCAGUUGGACUGCCAGCUUCCAUCAACCCCCCAGAGCCAGCGUGACCAAUGGCUAGGGGCAGUGGGAGUGGUAGUCCAACCAUGUCUCUCUAGGGCACAUGUUCUUCUUCCUGUUCUGGGAGCAUGGAAGGAAAGAUACACAGUGCUGAUGUUGCAUGAAUGUUAAAUAACUGUAGUAUUAAGCCUGUGAGGAAGUUCCUGGUUUGCCUCAGUGCUUUGUGGGAGGAAAAGGUUCUUGUACAGAGGAAGGGGCUGCUCAUAGGGCUUUUCUGUGGAAUCAAGUUGGAGGAUGCUCAGAAAGUGUUGUUGUAUUUGAUUACUAUUACUAAGUCAAGAGCUGUGGCUGCAUAUAGUACUGGUAAACUCUCACUGUUAUAUCUGUAUUGGAUUUGGUUAUACAGGUCCUGAACCAGGUCCUGGACUGGGUGAUGGGCAGAAUAAAGGCCCUUAAGCUUGAAACUGAAUCCUUACAAGACUGAGCCCUUGUUGGAGGGGUGGCUGUGUAUGGGAACUGAGCAGAUUGCCUGUUCUGGAUGGGGUUACACGCCCCCUGAAGGUUCAGCCACAUGUGUCACUGGAGGUCCAAGUGGCCACAGUGGUGUUAUGUGCUUUCCACUGGCUUUGGCUGGUAAUCCAGCUAUGACAGUUCUUCAUCCAGGAUAACCUCACUAUUGGUAACUUUAAUAAAGUGCUCUAAUUGGGGCUUUUAUUGAGGUUGAUCUAGUAGUUGUAACUGGCACAGCAUGUAGUGGUUAAGUUGCUGACUAGAUCAGCCAGUUGUGAGGAUGUUACCCCUAUUGCUUAAAGCAGGGACGUCCAACUCCCAAUAGACUGCGAUCUACUCAUAGUAUAAAAAACCUGGCAGUGAUCUACCCAUUGUCGUUGGAUAGAACACCGUUGCUGAGCUUUUUUUUAGGAAGCCAAAGUUGUGGAGCUUUUUUGGGAAAGCCAGAGUUGUGGAACUUUCAUUUUUUGUGGGGGGGGUGUGUGAAGGAGAUCACUGAAGGGCCAAAGAUGUACCAGGAAUACCCCAUGAUUUACCAGUAGAUUGCAAGCCACCUGUUGGACACUCCUGGCUUAAAGCAUUACAUUGGCUUCCAAUUUGCUCCAGGGUUGGUCGAAACUGAUGUUACUGGCAUAUAAAGCCCUGAACAACCUGGGACUGGGUUACCUAAGAGCAUGCCUUUUCCUGUAUAGGCCUGCCCGUUCUAUGAGAUCACUAGAGCAGGCCUUCCUGGUUGUCCUGCAGCCUGCAUAACUUAUCAGAUGACAACCAGAGGAAGGGCUUUCUCUGCAGUGGCGUCCAACCUUUGGGAUCAUUUCCCACUAGGUUUCAGGCAAGGUCCAGCCUUGCAUGUAAAAUUGGCAUGUCUUGUUUUUAUGGAAAACAGUGUAAACCAUCCUAGAUUUUUCAGUGAAUAAAUAAUCACACUUUCAUACACUGUGGGAUUUCUUGUUGAUAAAUGACAAUUGAUGUUUCAAAUAAAUAAUGUACAAUUCAGAAUCAUCACUUGCAUUUGUAUCCCACAUGGCAGAUAGUGAGUGAAUUGUGUGUAGAAAUUGGGGCCCGUGGUGAGUUGAUUAUUUAUAACCUAUGAGAAAUUCAGGGAUGUUGUAAUAAUCCCCUUUCCAAUUGAAUGAAUGGAUGAGUAAUAGAGGCUACAACUGGUACUGUUCAUGAAAGGUUGCUAUGUAUCUUUGCCUCUAACAGGAGUGCUCUUAUUUGAACUUCCAGCAUCCUCCUUCUCCAGGAUGUUAUCUUUCCUAAGGAGGAGAAGGAACUGUUAGGAGCAGGGGAAGGAGAAUUUCCUUUGACUGGUAACUGGCUCCAGUGUGUGGCAACUUCUUAGCUCUAGGGUGAUGAUGUGGUAGCUGAGUGGUGGGGAGAGUGGGCAGCAGGGGGGGGGGGAGGUGAACACAAAACAAAAUGGAUCAGUGAGGCUGAGGAAAUAAGCAAACCAAGCUGCUUUGAAAGAUGGAGAAGUAGGAAUAUACCCCCUAAUAGCUAUUUCUGACCCCUGGUGAUUGUCAGGGAGACCAGAGGCUGCCAAGCCAAGGGGAUCCCCAGCUAGGCAGGGGAUUCAGGGAGCUCUGGAAGGAAAACUAGGUGAAGGUUACUGUAUGGUUGCCAAGCAGGCAAGGUGCUAAAGAUACUCUGCCUCAGGUAUGUAUGUGGCAUGCAAAUGCUCACUUCUGUUUCUAGCUUCCAUCUCCGCUCCCCGCUUGGCUCCUGUUUCCUUUCUUGUCAUUCCCCUCUUUUUUCUGUUGCCGCUUCCUUUCCUCUGCUUUCCUUUCUUCCGUGUUCCUAUUAUAUUAUAACUAUAACUAUUAUAUUAAAUAUAGCACGGGAUUUUUACAUUUGUUGCAUUCACAAAGAAGUUUGGAGAUGCUACUGUAUCAAAGCUGCAUGCUGUUUGAAAGUGAUGCAAAGUAGAAUAAAUCUGAACAAUGUUGCAGAAAGAAGCCUGUGCAUAUUCCAAGUUGUUCUUCCUUGCUUGCUUCUCCCCCACCUCUCACUGUCCUUUCCAUUUCAGCUUUCCCUUCUUCACCACUCCUGCCUCUUGUUGCUGCUUCCUCCUUCUGCCUGCACUCAUAACCAAGAGCCAGGACGCUCAUUUGGCUAUAACAGUCAAAAUGUGGCUCAUACUGCAUUUGCUCCCUGCUCUUUCGCUCCAACACAAGUAGAACAGCUUUUUGGGUUGUUUUUCUUUUACUCCUCCCCUUUUCCUAAAUAUGUUUUGUACUUAUCUGUAUACCUUGGGAGUUCACUCUACUCUAUUGUUACCUUGCUUGUGUGUGUGUGUGGUGUCAUUUUGGCUGUAUAACAAUGACACUCUUCUCUUCCUCUGAAGAUUGGAAGUAGAGUUGCACAUGCACCACUCUUUUCCUGUGGUAAGAGGCAAGUGGUGGCCAUGUGAUAAACAGCUGUCUCUCAUCACCUAAGAGCUUCAAUUUUGUAUCUGAAUGUGGGGAGUGGGGAGUGGGGUGACACUGUAUUGCAGCCUUCCAAAAAAAAUGCUCAUUCCGUUUUCAGGGCAGGGAAAGGAAGUUGCAGUCAAUUUUUCUCUUUAUUGUCAGUACUGUCUUUACACUUGUAGUUCCUAAUUUCACAUGCAGCAAUACACUGAAGCAACGUUGAAGUGCCACUAGCUCGGUGGAAGAGCAUCUAACUUUGCAUGCAGAAGUUCUCAGUUUGAUACCGGUGGAUCUGUUUAGAACAGGCUUCCUCAAACUCGGUCCUCCAGAUAUUUUGAAACUACCAUUCCCAUCAUCCCUGACCACUACUCCUGCUAGCUAGGGGUCAUGGGAGUUGUAGGCCAAAAACAUCUGGAGGGCCAAGUUUGAGGAAGCCUAGUCUAGUUUAGAAGAACAUUGUCUCACAAGGCAGGGAAAGACUGACAAAGACUUGGGAGAGCUGCUGACAAACAAUGCUGGGUUAAGUGGAAGAAAUAUCUGAUUUGGCGUAAAGCAGCCACAUAUAUUCAUCAAACAAUAUUUUUUUAGUGCCCUUGAGUGUCUUCUCAUUUUGUGGGAAGGAAUGGAUAGGCAGUUGUAGGAGCAAAUGCUGGUAGCUGAUUACUUUAAAAAAUUCUCUGGAAUGGGGUGUGGAGUGUCUGGUUUCAUUUCCUGGUUUUGCCAUAACUUCCAGUAUAACAACUUGCGUUAUGUGUGCAUCAUGCUUCUUGGGCAUGUGGUUUCCACACAUCUCUCUUGAGAAUAAAAUCAUUGACUUCUAAAGCACCUGUUUCUGGGCUUACUUGGAAUAAAAAGACCUGGGGGAAAUAUUCCACACAAGAAAAACAGACACUAUUGCUUGAAUGCAAGGGCAUUCUCUAAAUUAUCUUUACCCUGGCCUUUGACAGUUAAAGUAUUUUGUUUUGUUGAACCUACCUCUCUUGCUUGAUUUAUGCUGCUCUGCUCCAUUUGGAAUGGUGUUGCUUGUUUUAAGGCUUCCCCUGUUUUUAGAUUUGUGUAUUGUUGUAACCAACUCUGAGACCUUAAGUUGGAGGGUGGGUAAUUAAACUUAAAUAAAUAAAAUAAUGAGUGUUCAGACUAUUUAGAGCUGAGCUAUGCAUUCUGCAAAACUCAGGUGCUGCUGCUUGACGGGACCACUUUUGACUGGAGGUUGUAAGUGGCAGAUUUGAAUGCUCUCAGUGUUAGCAUGUUGGCCAUAGGCUUUAGCAUGACCUUCUCCCUGGGGGUGAAGUUUUGGACAUUAUUUUGUAUAAUCUAAACAUUUAAAAAUAUUAAAUGAUAUGAAGAAAUGCUAACACAGAAGUUAAUGUGUGUGUCAAUAAAAGCAUUCAAUAUGCUGCUGCUAAAUAUAUAUCCCUCUCCUUUUGUCCAGUUGUUGAAUUCUAAGAAUAACUGCUUCCCUUGAAAAUAAUAUUAAAAUAUUAUGCUUGCAGUAAUAAAUCUGCAGUUGUUAUACCUGAAAUGGACAGAAAAUAAAUGGAAACAAAUUGAUUUUAAAUGUCACAUUUUUAAUUUAUUUACGUAAUGUGUUUGUUUGCCUUACGUAUUAGUGGUUUAAACAAGCAAACAUUUAUAAAAGCCAUUUGCAAUUACUUUUGUAAAUGCCAACUGUUAUGGAAAGGUUAGAAAUGGUUAGAUUUUUCAGUUGAACUGAUCUAAAUACUGUUGCUCUUCGGAACAGAUGUAAAUAAGUCAUUAACAUGUCUCAGUGUAGUUUAUGAUUAAUGACAAGUAGUUUCUUGAUCAGGUUUUCAGUCUUGGGCAUAUUAUUGGUCUUGGGAUACUAUAGGCAUGUGGAAGCUGGAUUUUGAAAGUGUGCACUACUUUGACUUGGGGUGAUCGCCUGGACUUAGAUUCUUGUCACAGAUCAGCCUUUCUGGAGACUUCUAGAUCCUAACUAGAUACUAUCUACCUUAGCAUACAAAGACGUGUGGUUGUGAGGGCUGAUGAUGGCUCUAUACUUGCCUUCUGUACUACUUAUGUACACUAAUUGGAACAAUGUGUAAAUGGGAUAACUCUGAUGUUAAUAUUUGCCGCUUAAAUACAGAGAUUGAUGGCCAGUUAAGCAGUGGCAGGCUUAGUAACACAUUUGGCAAAGGAUGAUUAAUGAUGUGGAUGGCCAAAGUGGAAUCUUUGAACAUGUAAUUUGCAUAAAUACCUUUGGGGUUUAACAGAAGUUGAACAUUUCUGCUAAUAGGCUGAUUCUAAGUUUCUUGCAUAUUUUUAACCCUCACGAUGAAAAUAUCUAUCCACAAUGAACACCAGCAAAGUGUGAAGCCCUAGGUUUUAUUGUUCUUGUUUAUCAUCAAUUUGUUAGUACGGUAGGUUAUAUUCUUGCUUUGUGAAAAAUGGAGAAAAAAGCGGGUUAGAUGGCGUAGACUAGAGAGAGAUGAAUUAGUACAUCUCUACUGAUAAAAGCUAUGCAUUAGAAUGUGGUUCCUCAGCUCUUUGUGGAACCAUCUAUCUAUCUAUCUGCCUGCAUUUUUUCAGUGGAUGUAUUUUGUUUUAUUUCUAUGCUACAGUAUAGUAAUCUACACUCACCAGGACUUUUCUUAGAAUCAUAGAAUCAUAGAGUUGGAAGAGACCACAAGGGCCAUCGAGUCCAACCCCCUGCCAAGCAGGAAACACCAUCAGAGCACUCCUGACAUAUGGUUGUCAAGCCUCUGCUUAAAGACCUCCAAAGAAGGAGACUCCACCACACUCCUUGGCAGCAAAUUCCACUGUCGAACAGCUCUUACUGUCAGGAAAUUCUUCCUAAUGUUUAGGUGGAAUCUUCUUUCUUGUAGUUUGGAUCCAUUGCUCCGUGUCCGUUUCUCUGGAGCAGCAGAAAACAACCUUUCUCCCUCCUCUAUGUGACAUCCUUUUAUAUAUUUGAACAUGGCUAUCAUAUCACCCCUUAACCUCCUCUUCUCCAGGCUAAACAUGCCCAGCUCCCUUAGCCGUUCCUCAUAAGGCAUCGUUUCCAGGCCUUUGACCAUUCUUGCCUAAAUAAUUAAUUUAAAUCUUAUUAGAAACCUCUGGUUAUAUUUCUGAGUCACUGAUUCAGACUAAUGCUUUAUCCAGGGGAACUUGAUGACUGGAAUGAUGAAAUGGUUCACUAUUUAAGUAGUGGGAAAGGGGAAUUCAAAAAAUAACAAAUUCUAUGACUCUGUUUGGACAUAAAUGGAAACCAGUUUCCUGCUAUAUGAACAAGCCAUAGCAAAUCUCAGGCUCAGGUUACAUAUUUCCACUUCCUCUUCCCCUCUCCUCUCUUAUGGCUGCAAGGAGGUGCUUGUAAACUUCUACUUUGUUUUUCAACAAACCACAGUUCCCCAUUGCAUCUUAACUUGAGAAGCUGUGCAUUGCUUAAGCUCUAGGUAGUGAACCAGGAUCAGAAGCCACAAUUUGAUCAUUGUUGCUUCUCAUGAAAUAGAGUGAAAAUCCCUCAAGUUUAGCUCCUCAAAUUCAAACAUAAUGGAGAGCUGUGGUUCAUUUAAAAUUGGAAGCUAAAGUUCUGAGCUCCUACUUCAUGUGUGCAAAAGCAGUAGAGCGACAGUGGAGUGUGUGAGCUUGAGGCAUGCCAUGGAUGAUUGAUGUGGCGGGAAUUCUUGUCUUUUUAUUACAUCUAACAAGGACAUUUUUCUAGCUGUUCUUUUGUUAAGCCUUCUAUUUCUUCCCCACAGAGAAUCUGGAAUCUGUUCUCUCAGACUAUGAUAUUCUUUCGGUGUCAAACAUCCAACAGCACUCAGUAAGAAAAAGAGACCUGCAACCAGAAUCCCAUAUAGAGAAACUCAUAAGUUUUUCAGCAUUGCAUAGGUGAGGCAUCUUUAGUGAGAAGUUUGACUUAAUAUUAUCUUACUGAUUCCCUUUAAAUUGUUGAUUUCUGUGUUUUUUCCUCUUUUUACGCAUGCUUUUUUCUCAGUUCUGCUUUAAUUUCAGUAAUUGGCUUUUGUUUGCAUUGUUGGGAGGCCUAUAGAUCAACAAAUUUAUUCAGAUUAUCAUUAGAAUUCUGUAGUGUACAGUUGCCCCAAGAAAGGUGUCCGUUCCCUUAUUAUUGAAUGUUUACCAAUUCUUAUGCAUUUGACUUUUUUGAGAAAGUAGAAUAGCUAUACACAGGAACAACUGUGGUAAUUUGGGUUUCUGAACACCAAAUCUUCAAUGAGGAAGAAAGAACUAAGAGUGUGGAAUCAUUACAAUCAGCAGCUACUGCUCUCUUUUAUAAAUCUACUCUCCACUUCAGCACAUACAAUGUAUUUAAGCAAAAUUGUUCAAUUUGUAUUAUGUAUGAAUUUUAGAGCAUUAAGCACUCCCCUUGAACAAACACAGUAGGUAGAAUCGACACACACAUUAAAAAAACCUUCUUUUUUUUAAAAAAAGUGUUUUUAAAACUACAUUGAAUUUUCCAUAAGGCUCACCAUCACUAUCUACUGUCACAUUGUAUAUUGUACUUAAAACACACUUAAAACAUAUUAAUUGCAGCUGUAUGGCUGAGUCCAAAGACUCAAGGUGUCUCUGAGCUAGGAAAGGGGACAAGGGUUCGGCCUCACAGCUGUGCUGAGCCUCAGGGACUCAAAGCACCUCUCAAGCUCAACUUGAUACCAAAUGUAAUAUCCUAGUGUAUUUGGAUCCAUUAAAUGUAUUUGAACCCCAAAUGUAAUACAUCAAUGUGUUUGGAUACAUUAAAAAUAUAUAGCUGAUAUAAAUCUCAAAAUUAAAUGGAAGCAAAUUAUUUUACAGGCAUUUUAAAUUAUACUUAACUUCAACUGCGGACCAUUUCCCCAAAAACUUUCAAGCACUUAUAGUGAAUGGCCAAGGCAAGGAAACCGAAUAUCAAGUACAGUGGCAGGAAUUUUUCACAGGACAUGUUGUAGGUGAGUAUAAUAAGUUGUUUUCGGUGGGAGGGGGAAAGUAUUACUGGAUUUUUGUAUUGUCAUAAAGAAGUGUUUUGUCAUAAAGAAGUCAUCUCGUACUGGCAUUCUAUAUUAUCAUGAGAACUUCAGACAUUGUUACUGGUUUAAUCAGACCAUUUACAAAUGGUGUCACGUAGAAGUAAAUGAGUUUAUACCUAUUUAAAAUAAUCCUUUGGGGGCUAGUUGGCAGAUGAUCUGUGUGAAUCAGAACCUCAGAAGUUUAAAUAGUAACCAUAAAUUCUUGAAAAAUUUAUCUGAAAUGCUAUCUUCUCUAGAAUAUAUUUGUGCAUGCACUGUUUUUCUUAAGGACAAAAAGAUGUUGGAAGUCAUUUGAUUCAUGGAAUGAGUGUGGCUAGAUGUGAAGUGAUAUGCUUGUGACUAGGAGGAAGUGGUUGUUAAAUGUUACAGCUGAUGGUCUUUUCUUUCCUCCUCUCUCUUUACCUCAGGUCAGAGCAACUCCAAAGUUACAGCACACAUAGGUGAAGACGACUUCACAGUGAGGAUCAACACUGAUGAAGAAGAAUAUAAUGUUGAGGUACACCUCUUUAUUGGAAUCUACAUGCAGACAAUAUGAACUUUCAGUCAGGUUGCUUCACAUUGUUUAAUAUUUCUAGGGAUGGAAUUGCUGUUCGUUUUAACCCUAUGUCAAAUGUUUCUGCCAACUGUCUGUGGCUCUGUGGACUGAUAGAAACAGCCAUAUUGACUGGGAUGCUCAUGUGAAAUACUACAUAUGCAGGCAAAACUUACAUUUGGUUUAUGUACUGACCGUGCUGUUCCUUAAGGCUGGUGAACUGAGGCCUUUUGGUCAACUAAUCUAUUUAGUCUGCAGUCCUAUAUACACAUAUAUAUCUGGGGAUAAGUCCCAUUGAACUCAGGGGAGCUUCCUUCUAAGAAGACAUGUAUAGGAUCACACUGUGAAAGACAUACUUAGACAUCUGUUUCUCUACCUGUAGCCCUUGUGGAGGUUUCUCAAUAAUACACAAGAUGAAAGACUUUUGGUCUACAGAUCAGAAGACAUCAAGGAUUUCUCACGAUUGCAGUCCCCAAAAGUAUGUGGCUAUGUUAAAAUGGAAGAGGAGGAGGAGCUUUUGGGUGGAGGGCUGAAGGAGAGUAAAUUAAAUAAAGGUGAGUGUUAAACUGCUUGCAAUAAUCUUUCGCAAUCGAACUAGAAUUUUUUACUGUACAUUAAUGUAUGUAGUGAAGUGAGUCUUAUGGACACCAAAGAGACAGAAUGCAUACUUCCUAGCACACUGAAAGAGACUUAAAUGUAAUUUUUAUUUAAGACAGGCAUAAAAACGAUUAGGGCCGAAGAUUUAUACGAUCUGAAGAGAAACCAGAAUAUUCUGACUCUGAUGUGGAGGGAGCUUUUUCCUUACACUUAAGUAAAGCAAUUAUUUCUGUAUAAAAAAAUGAAUAAAUAAUGAGAAUAAUAAUAAAUGGACUUGCUGCCUUUGGCCUUCUUUAUGAUACAGUAAGAGAGAGAUUUAAAAAUUAGUACUUCUUUAAAAAUAUGCUGGUGUGUGUUAAGAACUGAGAGCUCUUUUCCAGGCUACGGUGUUAUGUGAUUGCUUUUUAAAAAUACAUCACAGUCCUUUAGCUUGCAAAAAAAAUAAUAAUAAUGUUGAACAAUGUACCGGAUUCAGCAAAUAAAAUCGUUUCCUGAAAGCAUAAGUUAAGAAGAUCUUUCUCCUAUUUAAAUUUAUUUAGUAAUGUUAUAUGGUACAUUGAGAUUUUCAAAGAACUUGUAUUAAUACAAUCAUUUAGUUUUGCUAAAAAAUAAACAUAAACAUUCAGAGGUAUAUAUAAUUGAAAUUUAUCCUCUUACAUUUGGGUAUUUUCAACAUGUUAAAAAAAUGUCAAUAAUCUCAAAGACACAGUAUGUCUCCUGAAAAUCCUAACGGGGCCCUAGGUUCCACAAAUGUGCUUUGUGAUGUUGCCCUAUAGUCAAUUUACAUGUUUCCUUGUUUUCUACAACACUGAAGCUAAAUAAUUACUUUGUAUACGGCACAGGUUUUAAAUACAAUCUGUUAAUGUAAUACAGUGGUACCUCGGGUUACAUACGCUUCAGGUUACAGACUCCACUAACCCAGAAAUAGUGCUUCAGGUUAUGAACUUUGCUUCAGGAUGAGAACAGAAAUCAUUUGGUGGUGGCGCGGCAGCAGCAGGAGGCCCCAUUAGCUAAAAUGGUUCUUCAGGUUAAGAACAGUUUCAGGUUAAGAACGGACCUCCAGAACGAAUUAAGUACUUAACCCGAGGUACCACUGUACUCAAUUCGACAUAAACGAUGUCUUAAAUGGUGACAGCAACUUGGUAUCUCUUUAAUUGUCACAAUAGCAGGUGUCCCUCGAAGAAAAAGAGCCACCCCAGACCCUUUGAAGAACACCUGCAGGAUAUUGGUGGUGGCAGAUUAUCGCUUCUUUAAGAACAUGGGCCGUGGGGAGGAAAGUACUACAAUUAACUAUUUGGUAAGUGUUAUUGUCUGCUCUUGAUUCCUUGAUGAAAUAUGUAAAAAAAACCACUCUGUUGUAGUUAGAAAGCUAAUAGAAUGUCACUGUUAGACAUAAGAAGAGUAUGUUUAAGUAUUAUUUUAUGGAUAUGGGUGUGUUUGUGUAAAGCCUGAUUUGGGGUAGAGUGCAAUAAUUUCAUUUCACUUUUAAUUUGUACACCGCCUUUCUAAAUUACUAUGCACAAGGCGGUUUGCAGCAACAAAAUAUGCAACAAGGAACACACACCGUGUAAUAAUCUGAUCCAAUACAAAAAGUCAUAAUGAAGCAUAGCUUUAAAAUGGAACAACUUAGUGGUACCUCAGGUUACAGACGCUUCAGGUUACAGACUCUGCUAACCCAGAAAUAGUACCUCAGGUUAAGAACUUUGCUUCAGGAUGAGAACAGAAAUCACGCAGCGGAGGCGCAGCAGCAGCGGGAGGCCCCAUUAAGAACAGUUCCUGGUUAAGAACGGCCCUCCAAAACGAAUUAAGUUAAUAACCUGAGGCACCACUCUAUAUGGAAUAAAAGUAAUAAUCAAGAAUCUAUUAUAUUAUAAUAGUACAUAAUAAAAUUAAACUCUCAAAACAUCAGCAAAUAAUAAUUAAAUCGAAAAUCACUCUUAAUAAUUGCAAUAAAUAACUACUAAACUAUGACCAAUAGAAAUAACCUCAAGUCACAAUGCAUAAAAUGGGCUCUCUUAUGCUUAGAGUUUGUGUAUCUUGUUACUUGGGGAUACUGUUGAUCCAAUUUGAUUUGCUGUUUCCUCCCACUAUCUUGUAUAAUGUGUUUUAGCCUGAAGGGCUCUCCAAAUGCUGAACAGCAGUUUAAAAUAUCAUAACAAUGUGUAUUCUGAAAGGAAGCGGUCACGGUGGUUGCACAUGUUGCUUUAAUUUUAUCCUCUUCCUCUCCCCCCCCCAAACCAACAACAUUGGCAGUAUUGCCUACUAAAUCAGAGGUGGAGAACCUGGUUCGCUCCAGAUAUUGCUGAACUCCAACUCCCAUCAGCCCCCGCUAGCAUAGCCAAUGACCAGGAAUGAUGGGAAUUGUAUCAAUCUGUGCCACAGAUUCCCCACCCCUUGUACAGAACUUUGGAAACCUCUUUCAAAGCUCCUUGAAAGCUUCCCUUGGGUUUUUCUUUUCUUUUCAAGUGUUAAAAUAUGUUUCAGAAUCUACUGACAAGAGACUGGAUCUGAAUAACAUCUCCCUUUUCUGUGCCUAGAUUGAAUUAAUAGACAGAGUAGACGACAUCUAUCGAAAUACAUCAUGGGAUAAUGCAGACUUCAAAGAUUAUGGCAUACAGAUAGAUCAGGUAUUUAGAAAAUACUCCUCGGAUAAUGUUCAGAUUUGAUCACAGUGUAUUUGUGUGUGUGUGUGUGUGUGUAUACGUACGCACACCAUUGAAUGCAAUGGACCUUAUGAAAACAUAGUCAAUAGUAGUACAGAAGAGCAGGCUAGAGUGUCAUUGAUAAAAUUCUUCAUCAAGAGAAAUCCAGUUCUGAUGGUACACACGAACGAUGUAAAUCGCAAUUUUUUGCUUGAUAUGUUUAAUUAUACAAAGUUGCAUCAACUUCUGGUUUACUGGAAAUUCUGGGCAGCUUUCCAUACACUCCCCCCGCCCCCCAUUUAUAGUCAAAAUUUUCUGCCUAUAACUAGGAUGUUCAACUUACAGUAAGUUUAAGGUGCAUUCUACACUGAUUCCAUUUAACGGCAUGCUUAAUAGGUGCACAGCGUAAGCAGAAUUCUGACCUAAUUUUCUGAAUCAUCUGAAUUAUAAGGAGAAAGCAGUGUGUGUAUCAAAAAAAUUGCUUACUGAGGCAUCUGAACUAAAUUACUUAAAUUAUUUAUAUAUCUUUUGAAUCUAGAUUAUUGUUCACAAUGAGUCACAACCUGUACGUUCCGGGGAAAGACACUACAACAUGGCAAAAAGUCCUCUAGAUGACCGUGAGGAUGCUUGGGAUGUGAAGGAGCUGCUGGAGGUAGGCUGCGUGUGUUCUAUGAUGGAUACAAUGUAAGCACCCCACUUAUUAGAAAGGCUUGUCUUUCUAAUAAACUGAAUGCUUACUACAAGUAAUACCGCAUGCUUGCUAAAAGUAAUACUGUGUGUUAAUUAUUUUAAUCCAAGAGGCUUAUCUAGGAGACUCCAAGUACCCAAGUACUUUAUUUCAGGAAUUUUUUUAAACUACCUGUUAGUAACUACAAUUUAAAAAUGAUUGAGGGCAAGUCACUGUUUUUAGACAAGGAUGAUGGACCAGGUGAUCGCUAUUGAACGAUGCUGCAAUCUGCAAAGCUUGUUAACCAACAGUGUCUCAUUUAUGGAGUAAAAAUUUUCUCUAAACUGUGUUUGGCACAUUUCCCUCUUCACAGCAAUUCAGUGCUGAUAUAGCCGACAGAGCUGCUCGCGUGUGCCUUGCGCAUCUCUUUACCUACCAAGACUUUGCUCUGGGUACUCUUGGACUGGCUUAUGUCGGAUCUCAAAGGCCAACCAGCCAUGGAGGCAUCUGCCCAAAAGGUAAUGUUUUUCCCCAUUUAACAAGUUUGCUUAUUGUUUGUCAAAGUGCCUAAAGAUAAGUGUACAUCCAGGAUAUGUACUCUUUUAAAACGGGUUGGUGGUCUGUAGAUUUACUCCUUAUCCAGAGGCUGUUCUAGUGAGCAGGAGUUUUGCUCAGCAUCCCUAUUGCAUUUGCAGUAUAGCUUCUUCAUUCAUGGUAUCCAAGUUGUGUUAGUGGGACACAUCAUGGGUGGGCAAACUAAGGCCUGGGGGCCGGAUCUGGCCCAAGUGCCUUCUAAAUCUAGCCCGCGUGUUUUUACAUGAGUAGAAUGUGUCCUUUAAUUUAAAAUGCAUCUCUGGAUUAUUUGUGGGGCCUGCUGGUGUUUUUACAUAAGUAGAAUGUGUCCUUUUAUUUAGAAUGUAUCUCUGGGUUAUUUGUGGGGCAUAGGAAUUCCUUCAUUUCCCCCCCCCCAAAUAUAGUCCGUUUGAGGGAUAGUGGACCUGCCCCCUGCUGAAAAAGUUUGCUGACCCCUGGUGUACAUCACCAGUCCAACACUAUGCGUUACUGAUACUGUUAAGAGACAGAGGAUACAUUAAUGAGGAUACAGAUUAGGGGUUUUUUUCCGGGGGUCGUGGUGGUAAAGGGCUUGAACUGGAGAAAAACCUAAAUUUCCCCAAAACGUCUGUCUUUCAGCUAUCUAGCAUAUCGUAGCCACUGCUUAUAAGAAUGAAGUUCAUGGUAUGUGUCUACACACUCCAGUGUGCUUUAAUGCACACAUGCAGUUCCUCCCCAGUGACUUGGUGGGGUUGUGCCUUGAGGCUACUAAGACAGGAAGCAAUAAUUUGCAAAAGAGGUGGUUUCAAAUGUAGGCCUGCCUCUACUUGUGAACAUUUCACCUUCUGUCCAGUUCUUGCUCUGAAUGCCACCCAUGUCAUAAGGUCUCCACCAGGGUUAGAGAAUAUAUUCAUCUCAGCUGAAUCUGAUAAGCCACUGAGGACUGCAGAUGUUCUCAAUUUUAGGCAACAGGCAAGGUUAUCAAGGCUGUGUAAAUGAAUCUUAAAUGCUGUAACAUGAUUUUCUACCUUUUUUUUAAAAGCUUUUCCUAGUCCGAAUGCUGGAAAGAAUGUAUACCUCAACAGUGGCUUAACCAGCACAAAGAACUAUGGCAAAACUAUCCUUACAAAGGUAUUGUAAGGAGUUGUGGGAAGUGGUUUCUUAACAUGCCUUACAAUUCCCUUAGUAGCUUCUGAGUUGAUGCCCUAUUAGAUCUAUUUUUUAUUUGUCCAGUUGGUUAUUUUCAGUUGGUUUCAAAGCUUGUUUUCUGUAAGUCCUGCUUGAUAUUUUUGAGUACCAUAGUUACCUCUGUGAGCAAUUCUGUCCCUCUGUGGAAAGCUUUUGACCUUUUGGUGCCAUUGUCAAUCUGUCUCUUGGCCCUUCUCCAAUUGUGCUGUGAGAUGAAAUUCUCUCUUACACUUCAAAGCAAGCUUUGGGCAUCUUUCUUUGAAAUGUUUAUUUUCUCCAUACAUGUCCAGUAUUAAUUCAAAAAGGAUUGUUUAAUUAGCUCCAAUUAGACACAUCUUUUUGCUUUUAUUAACAUGGGUUAGUGAGGAGUUCUGGUGUUACACUGCCGUUUUCAGUUGUGUCAUCACUGCCCCCCCUUCCACUUGAAGACAUGAUUGUGAAUUAUAUUCACCUUUUGCUGCACCAAUAAAAUUUGAAGAACUUUAACUACCACUAGUGAGCAAUCUGGCCGUUUCUGUGUGUUAAAGUAAAAUUAUCUGGUAGUCUUACAUUUAUAAUACAGGUAUUUAGAGCACUACACACUUCAUUAGCUUCUCAAAGGCAGCCUAUAAAAAACUGUGUGAUGUUAGCCCCAGCUACUCUGCGUGGCUCCCAACAGAUUAAAAACAGAAUAAAACAUCAAACAUUAAAAACUUCCCUAAAUGAGCAUGCUUCUUUUGUGUAUAUAUUUUUAUAAGGAAGCCGAUUUGGUUACAACUCAUGAGCUGGGACACAACUUUGGGGCAGAGCAUGAUCCUGAUGGCUUGCCAGAAUGUGCCCCCACCGAAGAUCAGGGAGGAAAAUAUGUUAUGUACCCAAUUGCUGUGAGUGGUGAUCAUGAAAACAAUAAGGUAUUUUUAAAAAUCAUCUUUCUUUCUUUCUUUUUCUCUCUACCUCUGUGUGUGUGUGUGUGUGUGCGCGCGCGCGUGCGCACGCAUAAGUGUGUGCAUGCAUAUAUUACAAACCUAUGUAGGCAACUUUGUUCCCUACAUAUGGUAGUGUUGAAUGGAAAAGGGAAGGAACCUGGAGGUCAUUAUUUUACUUAAUAUUUGCAUUGUCAAACUAUUUUUUAAAAAAUUAUUUUGUAAGGAAGGACCAGUGUGGCAGAGGUUAAGAAAAGGAAUGGACAGAGGAAAAGAUGUCAAGCUGUAGAUCAGGUUGUGGAUGGAAGAGGAAGGCUAAGGCCUAGUAUACAUUGGAGUUAUAUGCCAACCAAGUGUCUACUCUGCUUUCUGAGUUCUCACCAGACACACUUGUUUCCUUUGAAUUUGCAGGCAAGAAGGCUGCUGAUGAGAAAGGAAUAAAAAAAAUUACCAGUCUCUGGCAGUUGAAUUCCGUACCAUAUUUUGCACUUGUGCGGCAAAACUAAUAUUUAUAUAUAGGUUUGCACAAUCCUGAAUUAGUAGCUCUCUCACCACUAAUUUGUUUCUUCCUCUUCUUAUCGACACUUUCAGAUGUUUUCAAGCUGCAGUAAAGAAUCCAUCCUUCGGACUAUUGAAGCCAAGGCGCCAGAAUGCUUCCAAGAGCGCAACAACAAAGUAUGUGGCAACUCCAGAGUGGAUGAAGACGAGGAAUGUGACCCAGGCCUCUUGCGUCUGUACAUUGAUCCUUGCUGCACAUUUGAGUGCAAGCUGAAGCCAAAUGCCAAAUGCAGGUGAAGGGCCGAAAUAUAUUUCCUACAAAAGGGGUGGUGGUGGGAAAUGUGAGGCUGGCAAGAGAGUUUGUUUUCUUCUUUUUCAUAGUUGGGGAAACACAUGAUUAUGCUUAUUUACUUUUAUGAUGCUGUUUAUUUUAAUAACAUACAUUAUGUGACAUGAGUUUAGUGAACAAGAGGCUAGUCCUUUGAGUAAACUCCGAUAGCUCAUAUUUCUGUAUUAUUGAAUUGCUGGUUGUCAGCUACUUAACUCAUAGCAAAGAUGUAAUUAAAUAUUAUGCCUCUUUUUUAUUACUGGCGGGGUAAUUGAUGAUUGCAUGUCUAAAUUAAGUGUAUAGAUAAAUAUUUUAGAACUGCAGUGUGUGUGUGUGUGUGUGUGUGUGUGUGUGUGAGAGAGAGAGAGAGAGGGAGAGAGACGAAGAGACAUUUCUGACCCUUCCUUCUACUACUACUUUGGGUUUGUAAUCCUGAAUAUUCAGAUGUCUAAGUUUAUUCUUUCUCCCUUCUCAUCCCCUAGUGAUCGCAAUAGCCCCUGUUGUAAAGGAUGCCAAUUUGAAAGCGCACAGAAAAAGUGCCAGGAAGCCAUCAAUGCCACCUGUAAAGGAGAGUCCUAUUGCACAGGUACAUCACUGUAGUUGUUAGUUACUCAUUCACUUUUUGUCUUACGCAUGUUUAAAAAAGUGUGUGCCUGUGCAUCUUUUGCUCUUUCCUAAUUUCCAUUUCCAUCAGUACAGCGUGUUUACCUUGUUUUGGAAUAAUGGGAGUUACUUAACCUUAACGACACAUUUUUAAGGCUGUCCCAAGAAAGGUGCAUUCUAAGAGAUGCAUGUUUCUGACUUGGGAAUCACCUGGCUGGGGGGCGGGGAGUGUUUGCAUUAAUGUGUGGCAUUGCAAUAAAGCAAAAAUGCUUUGGCAGGCUGAUUUUGGGAUGUUAAACAUAAACAGGCCUUUGCUAUAGAACGUAAGAGUGGAGCUUUUUUGGCUCUGGGAACCAGAUCUUUAUUUGGAUCUACUCCCGCUGGCCAACUUUGACAGGUGCCGUUGGAGUUGUUCAUCCUGUAUGUGGCUCUUUGGGCUGUGCUGAUCAUAGAACUGGCAAAGCCCUUUUUUUCUUAUGACCAUCAGCAGAUGGGAAGCAGGGGCUGGGGGCGAGAAAGAAGCCUGCUUUUUGCAGGCAUCAGCUGCGUGCGGGAGAUGUCCUUCUUUCAGUCGAUGCCUGCAAAAUCUAGUAUUGCCUCCUGGCAUCUGUAGUAGGAAUCUUCUUGAGGGAAGUCUUUCAGAGAGACUUGCUGUGUGAAGGAACUUGUGAGGACCUCUUACCUGUCCUUAGCAAGCCAUAGAAAUCCUAAACAUGUCUGCUCAGAAGUAUGUCCUGUUAAAUAUACUGGGACUUCAUCCCAGGUAAAUGGGGUUAGGAUUGCAUCCUUACUUUGUUUAUUUCCAGAUAUUCGUAUCCUGAUGCAAGGCUAAUUCUCACUAAAUCUCUUCAUAGGCAAUAGCAGUGAAUGUCCUCCCCCAGGGAAUGCCCCAGAUGACACUGUCUGUGUGGAUUUGGGCAAGUGCAAAGAUGGGGCGUGCAUACCCUUCUGUGAGUGGGGGAAGAACCAGAGUUCAUGCGCCUGUAACGGUAAGGAGGGUUCCCUUACACGAUGAGCCAGGACUUAUUUGAAAUUGAAAACUGAUUGCUCAAGCCACAGACAUAGCAAAGUGAAGGAGAGCAGCAUGCGUUUUCCCUUUAGAGCGCUGUUUCAUUAGCUAGAGGUGGGUAAGGUCUCCUGUUAACAGGCACUAAUAUUGUCUGCGCUGGGGUCAGGUCAGGUAACAGCUUGAAUGAACUGCCAGACUUUGUUCAACUCUCAUCAUCCUUAGCUAGCAGGACCAGUGGUCAGAUUAUGGGAAUUGUAGUCCAAAAACAGCUGGAGACCCACGUUUGGGAAACACUGUUCUAGAGCUUUGGUCAGAUGGUAAUGGUAAAUGUUUCUCUGCCAGUGCAACGAAGCUGUCUUCUAUCAAGUCAGACCAUUGGUCAAUCUAGCUCAGUAUUAUUGGUAGAAGCUCUCAGGUUUCAGGCAGCAAUUUUUUCCAGUUGUACCUGGAGACACCAGAUAGAAUAUUUGGCCUUUUGCAUUCAAGGCAUGUGUUCUAUGCCCUUCCCCAGUUCCCUGUCUACUCAUUUACUUCUUGACCUUGUUUAUGUGGCAGAGCUAGUACUUUCCAGUGCCACUCUUUGGAAUAGUUGAAAUAAAAUGUUUUAUUUGGUGUUGUUCUUGUUACUUGGGACUGAUUGGUAAGGAAGCUUUAAAUAUCUGUUGCAGAGGGACUAAUCCUUGGAUAUCUCCAUUUCACUCUGGGUUUGAUGAAGUUCCUUUUUUCUUCUUACCAGAGUGGAGGGUGCCGGUUCUUAUAAAUUUUAAGUUAUCUGUGUUUGAGUACCAUCAGGAGCUUGUUCCUAGAAUAGUGUGGUCUUCAAGAGUAGACUAAUGAAUUGAAAAGCUGUAUGAUCAGCAAAGGGAAAUUGCUUUUUCGUAAAGGAGUAAUGCAUAAAUAUCCCAAAAGCUAACUAUGAAGUUGCAUGUUUAAUUUCAGAAACGGAUAACUCUUGCAAGGUCUGCUGUCGAGACAAGGAUGGGAGAUGCAGCCCAACUGUUGAUGACAACCGGAAUUUCCUGUAUUUGAGGAAAGGAAAGCCAUGCACUGUGGGAUUCUGUGACAUGAAUGUGAGUGUAUACAGGGUUAGGAUAAUAUUUUUCACCUCCUCAAAGCAUAUUGGUGCAAAAUCAGAAAAUAGAUCACUGUGAAAUUUUGUUCUUGUCGCAUCAUGUCCUAAAAUUGGUCCCAGAGCAAAACCAAAAUGGUCAACUUAACACUGUUGCUGUGGUUUUUGCAUCAUUUGCCUAUUUUCUGGUUCUCCCCACUAUCCAUCUACCUUUCCUCCCUUUCUCUUUAUCAAUAUCCAUAGAACCACUCAAGUAGUUUCAUAUACCAUAUGGGACUUUAGGCAGAUUUUUAAGCAGUUUUUGUUUAUUUAAACUGGCCACCUAGAGCAAAGUGUCCAGUUAACACCCAUUGAAACUACUUAAUUUCCUAAACAACGGUGUGAAUCUGCUCACUAAACAGUGUUAGUUUUACAGCUAAAUAGAACAUGAUUUACUGUGUGUCAUUUUUAUUACCAGGUUUUGCAUCUCUGUUGCACUGUGUACAUUUUGCAUUUUCUUUUCUUUUUUUAAGCUAUGGAGGGAAAUGUAUUUAAAAUAUUCUCAUAUAGGGUCUCUUGUGACCAGUACCCAUGGCAGUUUGAUAGAUUAAGUAUUGGAAUAUAAGAAGCUGUGCACUGGGCCAUUCAUCUUUUCUUCCCCCUGCCCACCAAGUAAACUCCAUCCUCACAAAAAAGAAAUACUCAAAUACUGAUAGAUAUUGAGUAAAAUGCAAUACUUGCUUUUCAACACCUAUGCUUGGUUGGUAGACUAUAAAUAUUCAUAUUUGGGAAAUCAAAUUGGUUCCUUGUUUGCUUAGAAAAUCUUUCUCUUAACUCAGUAUAUCUGGCAGAGGCAAAUACAUUGGUAAAAUUCAAUUUAAAUUUGAAAAACCACUGUUUUUUAUGCAUUAUGAUCUACUGUUCAAACAAAACAAAAUUACUUUUGGUUAUGCCUAAAGUAGGCCUUCAGAUUGCAGCCGAAGUGUUCCACCCACACAAUAUUCUUUGCCCUUUCCUCGCAAUGUGACGCAUGGCUGGUGCUCUUGGUCACACUUGUAUUGAGCUCAUAGUCAUUUCAUCAGGGGAAGAAAAGCCCCUUUUAAAGAAAGCUCUGUGUUUCUGCUCAUGUCCAGCUGCAGUCUUAAUUCACAUCGCAUAUUUUCCUUCGAGAAGCUUCUUCAGUGUUACAAUAGCAUUGUCAAAACAAAUCGACUCUGUAAGUUCCUACCAAUUCAUGCUGUGGCUUGAGCCUAAAUAUUAGGUGAUAAUUGACACCCAAGCACAUAAAGGGGCUUCCUCCCGAUCUUUACAUACCCUUAAACCAUAACUCAUUCCUUCAAGAUGGAAUGACUGAAAUUUACAUUGGAUAAAAUGGCUUUCUAAGAAACAUCAUGUCUUGCAGGGUAAAUGUGAGAAGCGUGUGCAGGAUGUGAUCGAGCGGCUUUGGGUUUUCAUUGAGCAGCUAAGCAUCAAUACGCUAGGUAAGCUUCCCUUGAAAUCCAUAAACCUGUUCUUAACCUUGCUGUUCUGCAUUCAGUGCCUUUAUCUUUUGAUUUCAGAGUGUGAGCACUGAAAGCAGGUGUUUUGGUUACCGAUUUUUAUGUCACCACGGGUAGUGGUACUUAAUGUUGUUUUGUAAGUGGUAGCAGGAAAGUGCAAGACUGUACUUCAAGAUCAUACGUUGCCAAGCUGAGAAGAUGCUUCUGGCCUCAUGAUCAAAUCUAAUGACAGUGGGUGCAAUACAACUUGUAUGGCAGUACAAAGCAUACUGCUGAAUACUUAAGUGACCUUGAUAACACAACACGAACACGGGUCAUUUUUGCAUAUUGUAGUUGAACUGUAGCCUAUUUUGCUUUAAGGUUUAUUUUCUAAGCACGUAUAUGUUGAGAGAAGAAAUCAAGCAUUGCCUUGCUUGGGUCAGGCUGGGAUCUGUUUGGUGAGAGUUUGCUAGCAGAGCAUGAAGGAGAUGGCUGUCACAGAGAGAGAGAGAAUCCUUCCAUGGGAAAUUUGGACACAAGAGUUCAAAUCUGCCUAUCUUGGCAAACAGUUGUUGAUGGGCCUGAAAUUGUCUUUAAAAAAAAAUAAAAGCUACCUAAGCCAAUGGUAGCCACCCCUACCACAUCUUGUGACCACAAAUGACUGAAUUGAUGUGUACAUGCAUGCACUUGUUCAGUGUAACAAACAACACUGCAGUGUGGAAUACUCCACUCUUAAAGCCAGCUGUGCUUUACACCCAAACACUCCAUUCCAUUCCAUUGGACUGUGUUUGAGGGGUGAUUCCCUUCUGUUUAUUUCUGUAUUCUUUUAUUUCUGAAAACCUUGGGGCUCCUCCAAGUCUUCUGAUAUCAUCUCAGUGGCUACAUAAAGAAGCAGCUUGGAGACUGGGUUCACUAUUAGCAUAGAGGGAAUCAAGAACUCCCCCCUCCCCAUCUUGAACUUGCUAGUAAUCAAUUUCAUUGGGUGAUGCUGGGUCCUGGUACUAGGGGAGGGACACUUUAUUCCAUGCUUUUAUAAUGCUCAGAUUGAAAACAAAUCUCCAGUUUAUAAAAGCACGGAAUAAAGUGUCAAUGAAAGAACUCCCUCCCAUAGUAUGAGGAACCCAGCAUCACCCAAUGAAAUUGAUUACUAGCAAGUUAAAGUAUAUUUUACAUUUGUGGAGAUAAAGCUCAUCAAUUGGCUCAGCUGAGUUAUUUAUUAAUUGUUUAUUUCGUGCCAGCAGCACGCUAUGGCAUUGUACAGAUUAAAAUACUUAGAAUGUUAGAUCUAAUACUGAUAUGGUGAAGACAAUUUGGUCACACUUAAUUGAUUUCUGCAUGUUUAGUUAAGAAGAGGAAAAGAAUUCAGAGUAGUCUCUGAGAAUGAAACUAUCAGCUGGUUUAAGUCACAGCACGGAAACACAUUGUAGAAUCUCUUUCACUAAAGUUAUGUAAAAACAUUUUUAAGGCCAGUUAACUUGCUUGUGUAUAACUUGUUUCCCCCUCAGCACAGGUAAAGUAGAUUUCCAGAGUUACAAUCCUACUAUUUGAAAGUUGGCAGGUAAUAAGGUAAAAUGGCAGUAAAAAAGAUCAACUGUUGUAGGGCAGAAUUGAAAUAGUUUAAUUAAAAACAACAACACCCACAGAAGUCUUGGAGAACUAAGAGAGCGCUCACUUGCAAUUCCACAACAUUGGGAAAUAUAGUAACAUUUAAACAUUUUGAAGAUAAAGCAUUAUAUCCAACUAAGUCAUAAUCAGUUGUACUCAUGAACAUUUUCUUGGGUUUUUAAAUUCAUUCUCAUCAACUUUAGUCCAUUUCAGUGAGUCUACUCUGAUUUAAAAACAAGUCAUUCAGAAUUGUAUCUACUGAACAAAUUAUAUGAUCCUGUGACAGCAGAUGGACUAGCUACCACUUGAAAAAUAUUUGUAGAAUUCUUAACACUGGACGCAAAUAUAUUUUGUCUGCCUCUGAAAUUGGGUGUAUCUUUUGUUUUUGCUUUUGUUUUUACAGGAAAAUUUUUAGCAGACAACAUAGUAGGAUCUGUGCUUGUAUUCUCCUUAAUAUUUUGGAUUCCUCUAAGCAUUCUUGUACACUGUGUGGUAAGUUUCAAUUACAAACCUCAUGAAACAGAUCUCUUUAAUUUCUGCCCACACUUAAAUUAAAGACAGGUGUUUAUAUUUUGCUUCAUUUAUUAAACACAAUGUGCAGGUGAAUAUACUUGAGCUUUACUCAUGAUAGUGGGUAGUUAAACAUUUAGGGAAUGUUCUACCCUGAAGUUAAUUGGAGUGAACAGGGAUGGGUGGGUGUCUUCCAUAGCUGACUUGUUACAUUUCCCUCUUUUUAAUAGGACAAGAAGCUGGAUAGGCAGUAUGAAGAGAACACCAAAUCUCUUUUUGGCCCCAGUGUAAGUUUGCUUUUUGCUGAAUAAUGUUUUCAGUAUCCUAUUUGUUACAAAACAGAUGUGACAGAGGCUUGCAGAGACUUCUCAGUACUGAGAACUAUUCAUGAUGUUUAGGAUGAACAAAUUUCCAUGGAAUAAAUGUAUCUUCCAGAAGUUGAUACACUUAUGGUAAACCACGCUGGAAGUUUUGUAGAAUUGUGGUUUAUACAUCUUUUCGUUUUUAAGUCAUGAACUUGCUUUCUGUUCAGCUGAAUGCUCUAAUUUUGUAGUACUAGGAAUUCCUGUUCCCAGGGCAUUUACACUUGUCUACUCUCAUUAUUUGGAUUCUGCUUUAUUUGAAUCGGCUACCGUUAUUGAUAGAUGGAAAGUUCCAAGCACCAAAACAUCUAUCCCCCAUACUCCUCCAACAUGUUAAAAAGAUAUUGAAGAAAUUAAACUAAAGUUACUUCAAGAUCCUAGAUUUCAUAGUAAAUCAAAAUUAAAGUGACUUGCUCCUCUGCCACUAUUGAUGCCAGGAUUUGUAUCUGCCAGAAUUCUGGGAUUGGUAGUGCUAGUCAGUCUUCUGCCAUCUGUGUUAAAUCUUAGUACUGCCUGGUAGCCCUACAGAGCAUUUGUGGACAGCUUGCCCAGAGAUUGAAGAGGUCUGGCACUGUGUUUUCGGCCACCAGUAUUGUUCCGUAACUGUGCUGCUUGUUUGUGUCCUUGCAGAAUGUUGAGAUGUUGAGCAGCAUGGAUUCGGCCUCUGUUCGAAUUAUCAAGCCGCCUCCUGCAGUGCCAUCGACUAGCCGGCUCCAGCCCCUGCAGCCUAUUGCACCAGUCUCUGUGGCAGCGGUGGUUCCGAAACUGGACCAUCAAAGAAUGGACACCAUUCAAGAGGAUCCUAGUACAGACUCUCACAUGGAGGAUGAUGAUUGCUUUGAUAAGGUUCCUUUCCCAAACAACAGCACAACUGCCAAGUCGUUUGAGGAUCUUACAGAUCAUCCUGUCACAAGGAGUGAGAAAGCAUCAUCCUUCAAACUGCAACGCCAACACAGAGUGGACAGCAAAGAAACGGAAUGCUAGUCUCUAGCUGCCUUUGGAGCUGUUGGCUCUGAUGUGCAAAAAUCAUGUUCAAUUUGAUGAACUAAAGCCAUUUCAUUAUAGAAAUAUCUUGUAUGUGUAUAUAUUGUAUUGAAAAACAGAAACAAGGAAGUGACCUACUGCAGAUGCUGGCCAUGUGUAUGAUCUUCUUUAGUUUCAGUGUGAGUGCUAUGUACACACAGACUCAAGUGUACUGAAACUUUUUGAAUUUUUUUCUUGUAGUCUUGAUUUGAACAUUUCCUUCAGCCUGUGGCAUAGAGGCAUAAUCUGCCUAAUACCAAUUGUUUCUUAGUAUUUUUAUAAAGUGCCUUUUUGUAGUUGAACAGCACUGCAAAGUUUUUAGAAUACAGAAGCCCCAAUAUGUAGUGAUUUACCUUCUUGUAUUACAGCAUUCAGCAGUAUUUUUAUUUUAAAAUGGAAAAAUGAGGUGAACAUUUUAAAUUAAGAAAGACUUAUGAAGUGUUAUGGGGGAGGCGUUAAGGUAACACAGCAAAUCUGAUAAAUGUGUUCAUGGUCAUUUGAAACAGGACUUUUAAUUAUGCAAUUUUUGACCAGCAGCUAGUAGAGACCUAAGCAAUGUUAAAAGUUUCAUUUAUUUCAGCAGGGCUUUAAGGGCACAUGACAAUGUCAUGGAUGAUGGCCUUUUUCUACAAAACCAAGUGGGUAAAAAUGUGCAUUGAAACUUUACUCCUUCAGCUGUGUGGGGAGAUAAUUUUAUUCUAGCAAAUUGCUGCCUGCCAAAAUUUGAUUAAAAAUAGUGCUGCUGAUCGUGGCUUUCGUGUGAUACAAAUCUAGAAAGGAGAUGUCAUGAAAGCAUAUAGAUGUGUAAUGAAUACAGUUUUUUGCUUGUUUGGGGGGGUGAGGUCCAAACAGAGUUCCUGUCCACUUCCCCAAGCAGCCUGUCUUAUAUGGAUGGUUUGGACACCUCCUGAGAUCUGUAAGCAAUAACACCUUCAUGUCGGCUGCUGAAUUCAUGUGGUCACUCCCUAUCCUUUCUUAUAGUUGGGGGUGGUGUUGAGACCCUGCAAAGUUUUUUUCCCAUAUAAAUUGGCAGGAGGAGACUGAUUUCAAAACUGGGGCCUGUGACUAUAGAAAUGCAUGGACAGAAAAAAGUGGUGUUACUGCUUAAAUAACUAUUUUGCAACAUAAUCAUGUCCUACAUUAAUUUGUGUAAAAUGUACACAUUUAAUAGCUGCAUCAAAAGCCAACAAAGUAUAUUUAAAAAAAUCCUCAGUUAUGAAAGACUUGUAUUUUUUCAUAUCUGAUCAACGAAACAUGUGACAAAUGUGUCUUUUUCAUGGAUACUUGUUACACUAAUACUUGAACUUGUGCCCUUUUGGUAUUUGUAUCUAUAGUCUGAUUUUAGAUUUCUUACUUAGCAGUAAAAUUUUGUGUGAGAAGUGAACUAAUGCAAUGUAAUAAAGUGAUUUUUAUACCUCUCCUUAAAAGCGCUGUGUGCAAGCUGACUUCUCUUUGUAGUAAAUGCACCUUCUGUAGAGGUGUGAUUUAAUCAAAGGCAUAUUACCAUGAUUGCCUGUAAUAAACAAAGAAUUGAUUAGUU